AUGUUCUCAUCGAGUCCGGCCCAUAACCCAGCGGAUUACGAAGCCCACAUCGCUGCCAGCCAACCCGGUCACGCCGAUCACGCACGCCGAUCGCCCGACAUGGACGCCAGUGCACCCCUACGCCCUUUUCACGACUAUGACGACGACUCGAACCUCGGGUCGCGCCGUGAGUCGUUCGUCGAUUCGGAUGCCGAGAUGCGCAAGUACCAAGGCCUGUCCGCUACGGGCGUGCAGGGCUACUCGGCCGUCGGUGGCGACCACUCUGAACCGGGGUCACCGACCGGUGCCGACUCGUACGAGCGCAGCCAUGAGAGUGGCAGCAGUGGCACCAAAGUCGAUCAGUCUACACAGAGGCACCAGCGACCCGACACAAUGAGCAGCGACGGUAGCUACGACCGCACCGCCAACGCCUACAACGUUAGUACUCUCCUCUGUUUUCACACAGCUUUGAACCUCGCUCUGGCGAUGCAAGUGUGUCAUCUCUGUACGGUUGUGCUGACUCGCUCCCUCUGUUUUUUCCCUCUGUCGACAGUCGGAGUCGAGUCACCACGGCUAUGCGACAGGGUACCAGGAGGGCCAAUACAACCCGUCAUCACCCUCCAAUUUUGGCCGAUAUCGCGAGGGUUCGUUUGGGCAGCACUCGGGCAUCGAGUCCGGUCGCGCCUCGACGAUUGGGACAGAGAACAUGCACUCUGGGUUACCGGCCAACUCGUCGCGUGUCGCAUUGAACAACGACUGGCGUCAUUCCUACGACCAAGGCAGCGAGAUGUCGCGUGGUGCGAUUGCCGAGAUUGCUCCCGGAAAGGAAAGCUACGGUCGCGCCGACUCGCGUUAUGGUGACGAGAUCACACUUGAAAAGGACAACAAGCUCUACGCGCCGAUCCCGCCGAGCUCGCCCGCAAUCGGUGGUCCGGCCGACAUGGGCGCCAAGGGCCCGGGCCCACGGGAGCCGCCAGCGGUCAUCAUCAGCCGAGCGAACCGACUCGACUGGAUCGACGGUCUCCGUGGCAUCGCAUCCAUCAUCAUCUUCACCCAUCACUUUUCUGAUUUGACGUGGUCGUCGUCGCACCCGAACGUACUCGCCGAAGGAUCGCUGCAAGGCUUCCUGCGCAACGGUCAGCUCGCGGUCGGCAUGUAUUUCCUCCUCGGUGGUCGCGUCCUUGCCGCAUCCUUCCUCAAGUCGGCGCUGACCGUACCCAAAGCCCCCGUCGUUCACGGUGACGACGAGCCUGAAAAGCCCCUGACGCCUCGCAAACCCCCGGGACCUCGUUGGCUCACCCUGUCGUCGUCUCUGUUCCGUCGCUCGAUCCGCUUGGCUUUCCCCGCCAUUGUCGUCGGCUUCAUUCAGUGGAGGACGUGCAAGGCGAACCUGUUCGACGCCGCUAUGGAGGCUCAAAACACCUUCUUGAUCUCGUCGUCGCUGUGGGUCCCUACGUGGUGCAACAUCGGCAGUUUCCCCGGUUUCCUGCAAUUCUGCCUCGACCUCUUCACCGAAUCGAACCAUCAAUACAUGCUCGUUGUCGGUUCGGCGCUCUGGACGACCUACGAUCAGUUCUGGGGCUCCGUCUUGGUCUAUAUCGUCGCCGCUGUGCUCGCGCCCUUGCCGACACGCGGUCGUUACCCUCUCUACGCUGCCAUCAUCGUCUCGCUGUGGUGGAUCUCGUCGCCGAACAUGCUCUACAUGAUCGGCCUGUUCUUUGCCGACUUGCACGCCGCCGGCUUCGUCCGCGUCAUCCAGGACUCGUGGAAGUUGACCGUCGGUAUCGAGUGCGCUGCCAUGGCUCUUGGCAUGGCGAUGAUCGCUGGUGGAACAGCCGUCGCCGGCCCCGCCGAUCGCGCCGCUGGUUCCAUUUCAGUCUACGACUCCAAGUUCGGCUACGACCCGUCCAACGUCUGGCCGCAGUACAUGCUCAUGUCGAACUGGAUCCCGCCUGCCAUGAUUCUGCUCUGGGUCGAGCUGUCUCACGCGAUGCAGUGGUUCACCUCGUGGGGUAUAUUCGUCUGGGUCGGCAAGAUCUCGUACGGUUUCUACCUCAUGCAGUUCCUUACCCUCUAUGGUGUCAUGCCCCAUUUGCUCCUUUACUUUGCGAAGAAUGGCACGUCGUACUGGAACGUCGUCACGCCGACCUACAUCCUGUCCCUGAUGACCAACUUCCUCGUCGCCUGGGUCGGCUACCACUUGUUGGAUCGCGUCGGUCUCAAGCUCGGCAAGUACAUCUGGGAUGGUCUCUUUGUCACCAAGCCCAACACGGCUGGCUCGCUCCCGCUUAAAGCCGCGCGUGGCCUCGCUACCGUCCUCAUCAUGGGUCCCAUCGUACUCGUCAAGGGCUUGGCUCGUGGUUCGGCUAGCAAGUGGACCAAGAUGACUGGCAACCUUCACACGAUCAUGAACUGGCGCACUCCCACCACUCGUCCCGCCGUCCCCGACCCGACUGAUCCCGACGUGCUCGCGCAACUGCACUCGACCCGCUGGACUUCAGACUUGUCGCACGACAAGGAAGCGAUGCGCACGCGCUGGUUGCUCAAUAUCCAGGGCUGGGCUUGGGUCGGUCACAUCUUCGUCAUCCCUGCUCUUACGACAAUCUGGACUAUUUACCACCCUACUGGUGAAUGGACUUACGAUGUGAUCACCUUCUCUUCGCUGUGGCGUUUCGUGUGGGUGCUGUCGCUGCCCAACUGCCUCUUCGCUUACGUCGGUUUCGUCACGCCCGAUCGCUCGCCGCCAAAGGAAGUGAUGGACAAGCGCCCCGUCCACCGCGAGUACAUCCGCAACUUCUUCGUCGUGCUCGUCACUAAGGGAUCUAACGAGGCCGCCGUCCGACGUGGUUACAACAAGCUCAUCAAGCUCGAAAAGUACCACCCCGCCGUCAAGGUUGUCGUCUUGACGGACGAGCCCUACGUCUACCCCGACCUGCAAAACAUUGUCUGCCCCAAAUCGUACAAGUCGCCGCUCGGCAAGGCCAAGUACAAGGCUCGUGCGCUCGACUACUUCCGUUAUCACGUCUCGCUCGGUGUCUAUGAUUGGAUUCUGCACAUGUACGUGAAUGUAUGUUCUAAUUUGGAUUGCAUCUGAUUGCAAAAAGCUGACCAGCCAGCCCACUUUUGGCAUCGAUGACCGCAGGGACGAAGAAUCCGUUACCGACGCCGAAUCGCUCCGCCACUGCAUCGAGUUCAUCCGUUACACGCCCCAUCACUUCGGUCAAGGUAUCAUUUUGUACAACGGCGAAGGCUUCUGGGAUAAUUGGUACUUCACCGUCGCCGAUGGUAUCCGUGUUGGUGACGACCUCGCGCGUUUCCACUUCCAAAACUCGGUCAUCCAUCGCCCCGUCUUCGGUGUGCACGGAUCUUUCCUUAUGACGAACGGCGAGAUGGAGAACGAGUGUACGUGGGACUUCGGUUCGCUCGCCGAAGAUUUCGAGUUCUCGCAGGACGCAUGGCGACGAGGCUUCACGUCGGGUCGUAUCCACGGUAUCGUCCGAGAGCAGUCGCCGACAACAUUGCGCGAUUUCCUCAAGCAGCGUCGUCGUUGGUUCAUGGGUAUUCGCGACAUCAAGGGUCUCUACGGCUUGCCCAACUUUGCCAUCAACCUGUGGAUCGUCGGUGUAUUCACGCUCGCGGUCACGAUCGUCAACUUACCCCUGGGUUUCAUCGAGCACUCGGUCACGCCCUUGUGGAUCGCCAUCUCGGCCAACUUCUGUUUCAUCACCUUCUUCUCGUUGUACCUGAUCGGUAUCCUGUUCCAGGAGCUCGACUACGGGCAACCGUGGUACAAAAUCAUCGUUCACUUGCUCUGCUCGAUCGUCAUUCAGCCGUUCGCGUCGGUCGCCGAAGGACUGUCCGCCAUCUGGGCCAUGUCUUCGGAAGACUUUGGCAAGUUCGAGGUUAUCGUCAAGCGGUAG